AUGCAGCAAAAUAGUUACUGCGCCAUUGGCAGUUAUCCGUUAGCGCGCGGCAAUUGCAGGACCGUGUGGAAGAAGGGAAUCACACAGAGCAAACGCGUGGAAGACAAAAAAUGGUUGGAUUGGGAGAAAAAGGAAAAACUGGAUCGCCAUGAGAAGUGUAGACUUUCAUACUCGGUCAGUGGAAAGUAUACUCAGAAUUUUGCGUUGAAUGCACCCGAUAACAAUAUCGUAGCUGCAAGUGAUGAGGUUCCUGAUUUCAAUUACGCAGAUAAUUGCUUCAUUUGUGAAGAAAUGACUCUUUGGGAAUUAGCGUUGUUGAAAGAUUACAAAACAUUUACUUAA